ACGUCAACCAAAUAGGCCAGUGGAUUUUGUUGGGAAGACUCCUGCCUGCCUCCCACUCGAAAAGAAAGAUAAGGAGGCCCCACCCGGCAGCGUCUGCUCUCAGCAUCCGCAACGGCCAUGGCCUUCGUCGCCAUCCACGCCCGCCUCGCCGUCCUCCCCCCUCGCCUCAGCGCCGCCGCGUCGUCUCUCCGCUCCGCUCCUCCCCGCACCCGUCUCCCGCCGCUCAGCACGUCAACCGGACACAUCUUCCGCAGCCUGCGGUGCCGGCGCCGGCCGUGUCGCGCUCGCGCCGCCUCCAUCACCGCAUCGCUCGACCUCACCGAGGACAACGUCCGGCAGGCCAUCGUCGACGCAAAAGCCGAGCUGGCCCAGCUGUUCGACACGUCGGUCGGCAUAACAGGGCAAGUUGAUCUGGCGGAGCUGGACGGGCCGUUCGUGAAGCUCCGGCUGAAGGGCAAGUUCUGGCACACCCGCGCCACCGUCGUCGCGCGGAUUGGCAACUACCUCAAGAACCGUAUCCCGGAAAUCUUGGAGGUGGAGAUCGAAGAUGAGGAGCAGCUUGACGACAGCCCCGCGGCUUACUGAGGGUAAAGAACAUGUGAGCUAUUGCUGACGGCGCCUAUUUUUUCAGUACCGGGCUUGGUAGGAUCAUCUUUUUGUAAGUGGGAAGGAUGCAUACACGAUUUUUUUGAGAAAAGGUCGAUAACCCCGGCCUCUGCAUCAUUGUGAUGCACACAACAAAGAUACAUCAAUGAUGUUAUUAGCUUCAUUAACCCUCCAUGAGCCAUCUGUAAUUCGAUUGUAAUUUCUACGUACAGACGGAUGGGGCAUUAUGUUAUUCUGCUAUGCUGUUCUUGUGCU